ACAAGCGACACCGACAGUAGAGAAAUAGAAAAGUUGAAACCGAGUCGAAGGUCGACCACGCAACGCAAUUGGUUUAUACAUUACAAUAACAUAGCAGCUAAGAUUAUUAUUGUUGUUGUUGAAGAUAUAACAUCUUCAAUAUUUCAUUUCGAGAAUUCGGAGAAGUUUGUAAUACGGCUUGAAGGUGUACUUUCUCUCAAGUGCUAGGCCAUAUUUUUUGAUGAUACAAUAAAAUGGAUGUAUACGGAUACCGAGCAUAUCAGCAUAAUCAGUCAGAUGAACUUGCAAAACAAAUGUUUGUUCCACAACCUAUAAAUGUGAUGUCUUUUCCAAAUACAGCUAAUCGUGAUAUCCCAGAACCCCACACUAUGCCAGCUCCGUCAGGAAUACCAUGGAAUACACAAGAUUUAUCCUGGAGUAUGCAAUCGCCACCUAAUCUUGUUCAAUUCACAGGUGAAAUGCCUUUUGAACAGAAACCAAAUUUUCAUUGUAAGAGAAAAAGUAAUGACAUGGAACCAGUAAUCCCACCAAAGCAACUGAUAACAGAGGAGAAAAUGGCUGAACACUUAAGUAGUCUUCACAUUUCAUCAAGCUAUACACAACACUCACUUGCCAGUGAAGAUGUGAUGGAAGUAUCAUUUGAGCAACCUUCAAUCAGUGACAGGCUGAAGGGGCACACUAUUGUGCUCUCGGAGGAUAUUAAAAAAAUUAAAGAAGAACCACUGUUACCCCCCUCACUCAUUGAUACUAUACCCAACCCGCAAAUGUCACUAGUGGUGUGGAAACCUAUAGAAGAGAUAAUAAAGAUAAAACCAGAGGAUAUGAAGGAAGAAGAAACAAUGAGAAAAAAUGGUGUUCUUGUUGCAGUAGACGCAAAUGGAAUGGAAAUUGAAAUGUGAUAUUGUCUAUCAUUACAUUAAGUGUUUAUAAAUGUUUGUUUUUAUAUGUUAUAUUAUUGAGAACUGAUUAUAACUAAGCAUUAUUAUUAAUAAGAUCACUGCCCUAAUACAAGUAAGUCGUAAUCUUCACUAACAAAACUUUAUUUAAAUACAAUAACUGUGCUUCAAUUAGAAUAGUUUAUUUCUGUACUCUUUGUGAUAUAUUAUUGGAUACUAUAUUUGAAGUGUCUGUACUUUUAAAAUAACACCUUUUUUGAAAUGUUUGUAUUGUGGUACUGAGUAUAAUAAUUCUUUUAGAAUUCUGUGUCUAACUGUUUGUCCUGGCUAUUUGAAUGGACUCAUAAUAGCUCAUGUUAUUAGGAGUAACUUAGGCUCUAUUUUUAUUUUAGAAAAAAAUUAUGUUCACGUUAAAAUGAACACCAAUGAAAUUAAGGCUAUGGUCUCCUAUUUUAUGCCGUACGCGGCGUCUGGCGUUAGCGUCAACGUUCAAUUCCGUGGCAUCCAUCGUCUAGACCAUAGUUUCUCAACCUUAUUUUGCUCACCGCCCACUUUGAGAAUAUGUUUUUUUUAGAGUAUUUUCGUGUAUUUUUUUGCCUUUUUAGACUAUAUUUUUUAAUCUACCCACGCCCCAUCUGCGCCAUCUCAGUGACCCCUAAUUUUCUCUGGGUCUUCUACUGCCCCACCGAAUGUCUCAAACGCACACAAGGGGGCGUUAUCGCCCAUGUUGAGAACAUAUGGUCUAGACUCUAGACGCAACGCACAGCGUCGGCGGUUAAUAUGACUGGCGUGACGCAGGAGGCUCAGUGGCUACUCGCGAGCGGUCACGUGCGGUAGUGUUUUCAUUGAUGCUUAUAAAUAUUGUUUUUAUGAUUCUUGUCACAUCAUUAUAAGAUUUUACUGAUUCAAUCAACAACUCGUCUUUCACUUCAUCAAAUCUCAUCGUUUUGUGUGACGCGAUCGACGACCUUCACGCUGCAACGGUUCAAUAUUACUAGAGACGCGGCGCACGGUGUUCGAAAUGCCGCGGACGGCGUCAACACGCUAGUGUCAACGUGUGAAAGAGACCACAACAGUACAUUUAUAUAGUAAGCAUUGUGAAGUAGCGUACGGCGUAACGAGACGUCGCUUACGGCGUAAAAUAGGAGAUCAUAGCCUAAGAAUAAAACCUGAUCUACAGAAUGUUAUUUUAACAGUACUAUGAAUCAUGUGCUUCCAUUUGUUAUAAAGUUCAGUUUAUUGCAAUUUGUAAGAAGCCAAAUAGGCCCAUAGUUAAAUAUCUAUAAGAUUCAGUAACCUCUUUGUAUAGAAAAGAGUUGGCAUGAAUAAUAAAGCUUAAUUGGAUUUGGUAUUGUUAAACAAAAGGUCCCAAUAUAAUAAAAAACAUCUAUGUAUAUCUACAGCUAAGGUUUUUAGUAUACAGGGUGGCUGAGAAGUUGACAUCCAAAGCUAAAAUUUGAAAGCCUCAUGGUGAUGAGUAUCCGAAUCACACCUAUGUAUGUUCUACGAUUUUGCGUAGUUUAGGAGAUAAUUAUUUUUUCCCCGUUUAUCCGCUUAUUCACUUUUUUUUUCAAAAUUGUUUGAACAGUUUUAGUUAAUUUUAUUGUUGAUAAUUAUUAACUACAGUUGCAAUAACCACAUAAGAAACUAUGAAUAGUUUAGACAACGCGGAACUAGUUUAGAAUUGAGUCGUAAGUUCAAAAUAACAAAAAAAGGUAUCAAAUAUAUAAAGAUAGGUUCAAGGUAUCAAAAAAAAAAAAAAAUGGGGAGCCUAUGGCCUCUAACUAUUUUUAAAAACUUCCCAGAACAUUGACCAAUAAAAUGAGCCAAACUCAAAUUUUAGCUUUGGACGUCAACUUCUCGGCCACCCAGAAUAAUGAUGUAUAGCCCAACUGAGCAACCAGCUUUUUUAAACAGACAGACACUUAUAACUAAUAAAGAUUUUUAUGAAUCAUGAUAUAAAACCAACAAAAAAAAAAUAUUAGGCUUAUGUGUCUACAAAAAUCUUUAAAUUAAAACAAAUUUUAAACAAAUUAGUCUUCUAUGUUAGAUAUUAUGCACAAUAAUAAGUAUAUGCACACCAAGUCAGAUGGCGUGGUUUUAUAUGACAGAGUCCUGGUUAGAGUUGUUAAAAUUAGAUUUCAUAAACUUAAGUACAUAAUUAUAUGAUUCACACAUUAACUGCUAAAACACAACAUAUGUGUUUAUACCUACAAUACAACUGUGCUGUAUAAAGAGUCAUAAUUAUAUGAUUCACACAUUAACUGCUAAAACACAACAUAAUAUGUGUUUAUAUUACAAUACAACUGUGCUGUAUAAAGAGUCAUAAUUAUAUGAUUCACACAUUAACUGCUAAAACACAACAUAUGUGUUUAUACCUACAAUACAACUGUGCUGUAUAAAGAGUCUGAAUGCAUAUUAUAGUGUGAUUGUCGCAGCACACUAUUGUAAACCUUUUAACGGUAAGCAGUGAAAGUAUAGUAUGGUGUUAAAUGUAGCUUGGUAGUAUGUACUGGAAACAUUGAGUUAAAAUCCAAUCAAAAUAAAAAUAAUUAUUAAAAGUUUAAGAAAAUUAAUAUUGUAUGCAUGUUUAUUUGAUUGUUUUCUUGACUUAAGAAAUAAAUAAUUACAAAUCUC